GCCGCGGUUGGUCGCAGUUUUUUGUUGAUAAGCGGACUCGGAAUUUCGGGCGCGUUUCGUAUUUGUUUUGUCGCGAAAUGAACCAAAAAGCCAAAUAGUGGCAAUACCUGUGGGCAAACAAGUGAUAAAGCGGCAAAUGUGUCAUCUGGUGGGCGAGCAAGCUGCCGAGAAAUUGUGUUUUUAGUCAAGGCCAUGGAGUAUUGACUCGGACCACUGACAUCCCGAAUCCCCAGUCCCCGAACCCCGAUCCAAGAUCACCGAUCCCCGCCAGGCCAUGCUGGAGCCAACGCUGACGCCCGAUCUGGAGGAGGGCAUCGCCGGGCUCAGUCUGGAGGAUGUGGAUGUGGAUGUGGACUCGGUGCCGGAGCGUAAGCCGCACUUCCUCGACUACGACGCAGUGCCACCGCCAGACUAUGAAGAUGGCUUUGGGGCCAGUUCCGGGGAGCAGCUGAAGAUGGACAAGAAGUACGAACGGGAUGGCGAGGUGAGCGACUACGAGCUGGCCGCCAGUGGCUACACGAAGAAGGAGUUCACCCAGGACGACAACACGCUGCACUUCACCCAGAGCGCAGUGGGACUGGGAUCCGGAGCCGUUGGUAAAAAGCCGACGGCCAAGCAUUUUCUGGACGAGAACCCCAUUCCGCCCGACUACAUGUUGGCCCAGGAGCUGCGCGAGAUGAGGGAGCAUCGCAGCCUGGACAGGAACUUCGAGCGACAGUCGGCGCAGCAGCAGCAGCUGGACGAACUGCCUCCGAGGAAUGGAGGCGGCUCCCCGGCCAGCGCAGGUCGUCCGUCGCGCAGCAAGGAACCAUCGUACACGCUCUCCCGAUUUCUGGACGGAGAUUCACCUGCCCCGGCUCCGAGGCUGCCCAAGGGAGCAGCCUGGACGACCAGCUUCGAUGAGCGGUACACCUCCUCGGCAGUGGAAGCCACACUGGGAUCCAAGGUGGAGUGUGUUUACUCACUGCUCUCCAUGUUGGGCUCAAAUGAUCCCCUCGAAAUGGCGAAAAAGUUCUUGGAGCUGUCGGGAAAUGCUCAAAGUUGCGCAACUCUUAGACGCUCUGGUUGCAUGCCGCUCCUGGUGCAGAUGAUGCACGCACCGGACAACGACCAGGAGGUGAGGAAGUGUGCUGGACAGGCGCUGCACAAUGUGGUGCACAGCCAUCCGGACGAGAAGGCUGGCAGGAGGGAGGCCAAGGUUCUCCGACUGCUUGACCAGAUCGUCGACUACUGCUCCUUCCUGAAGACGCUGCUCCAGAGUGGCGGCGAGGCCAUUGCCGAUGACUCCGACCGCCAUCCGCUGGCCGCCAUCUCAUCGCUGAUGAAGGUCAGCUUCGAUGAGGAGCACCGCCAUGCCAUGUGCGAGCUGGGGGCGUUGCACGCGAUCCCCAACCUGGUGCACUUGGAUCACGCCGUUCACGGACCCAAGCCGGAGGAUCAGUGCUGCAACUCCCUGCGGAGAUACGCCUUGAUGGCCUUGACCAAUCUGACCUUUGGCGAUGAGAACAACAAGGCGCUGCUGUGUGGACAAAAGCAAUUCAUGGAGGCCCUGGUGGCCCAAUUGGACUCGGCACCGGACGAUCUGCUCCAGGUGACGGCCAGCGUGCUGCGCAAUCUCUCCUGGCGAGCGGACAGCAACAUGAAGGCGGUGCUGAAUGAGAUUGGAACGGUGACAGCGCUGGCCCUGGCGGCCAUGCGGAAUAGGAGUGAGAACACCCUGAAGGCCAUACUCUCGGCCCUGUGGAAUCUCUCGGCGCACUGCAGCACCAACAAGGCCGAGUUCUGUGCCGUGGAUGGAGCCUUGGCAUUCCUGGUCGGAAUGCUGAGCUACGAGGGUCCAAGCAAAACCCUUAAGAUCAUUGAGAACGCGGGAGGAAUCCUGCGGAACGUGUCCAGCCACAUUGCUGUAUGUGAACCGUAUCGGCAGAUCCUGCGCCAGCACAACUGUCUGGCCAUUCUGCUGCAGCAACUUAAGUCCGAAAGCCUCACGGUGGUCAGCAACUCCUGCGGAACCCUAUGGAACCUGUCCGCUCGCUCUGCCGAGGAUCAGAAGUUCCUGUGGGACAAUGGAGCGGUGCCCAUGCUGCGUUCGUUGAUCCACUCCAAGCACGCCAUGAUCUCAGAGGGCAGCUCGUCGGCGUUGAAGAACCUGUUGAACUUCCGACCUGCUGUCCAAAAUCAUCACCAGCUGGAUCCCAUUGCCCGCUCCAUGGGCCUCAAAGCAUUGCCCACUCUGGAGGCACGCAAAGCCAAGGCACUGCAGCAGGAGCUGGGUGAGCGCCACACGGCGGAGACGUGCGACAACUUGGACACGGGCGGUAAAUUGGCCAAGGAACGAGCAUCCAGCUCAUCCAGACGUCAUCCUUCUGCGCCACGCUUAACCCGUUCGGCAAUGCUAACGAAGAGCGAGAGCCGGGAUUCGGUUUACUCGGCCAAAUCCGAUUGCGCUUACGAUCAUCUUAUUCGCUCCGCCUCUGCUUCAGAUGCACAUCGAAAAGUGAAGCCAAAGAUGACGGACUUCGAUCUGGAAAUGGAGCAGGACACGGAGGCAACCGAGGAACAGCCCAUUGACUACUCGGUGAAGUACAGCGAGAAUGCCACCAAGACCUCAACAUAUCAGGAAACGGACCUGGAUCAGCCCACGGACUUUAGCCUUCGCUACGCGGAGAACCAAAUCGAAUCCGACCUGGACAUAUCAGGGCCAGCAGGCGCCCCAAAGAGUACCAUCACUCCCCCUGCUGAAACAGUUCCCGUGAAAUCCGAGGGCCAGGAAAUAAUGCUGAUUCUAGACGACAGUGUGAAGUGCUACCAGACGGAGGAUACCCCUUAUGUUAUUUCCAACGCGGCUUCCGUCACAGAUUUACGAGUCGCUGCCAAAGCGGAUGCAGAAACGGAAGUCAAGCCAGAAGCACGCGAGGUGGCCUCUAAGGAAGGAGCUCCCAAAAAGCUGUCCAAGCUAUCGCAGUGUGGCUCCGGUUCGUACACUCCAGAGAAACCCAUCAACUACUGCGAGGAGGGAACUCCUGGCUACUUCAGUCGCUACGAUUCCCUGAGCAGCUUGGAUGAAUCCGGUAAGGCCAACCAGGCAACCGUAGGAACUGAUGCGGAAAGCAAACCCAAAUUAGAGAAGCAGGAGGAACAGGAAUCCCAGCCAGCUGAGCAGAUCCUGGCCAAACCUCCCACCCAAGCGAACUCGGCUUUGGAAACUCCAUUAAUGUUCUCGCGACGCAGCUCCAUGGAUUCACUGGUCCACGAUCCGGAUGUUGAUGUGGCCAACUGCGAUGACAAGAGCUCGGUGGUGAGUGACUUCAGUCGCUUGGCCAGCGGGGUUAUAUCCCCAUCCGAGAUCCCAGAUUCCCCCACACAAAGCAUGCCUCAAUCUCCACGGCGAAAUAGUGUCGCUGGUUCCGGGCAGAAUGUGGAUUCUCCACCGGUUGUCAUCCCGGCCAGCCUGCAACCACUUCGCAGCGUUUUCGAGGACGACCUGAGCAGCUUCAACGUGGAGCAUACACCUGCUCAGUUCUCCACAGCCACCAGCUUGAGCAACCUGAGCAUAGUGGAUGAUGAAAAGGCACCAGCCAGUGUGGCCGAGGAGGACAACGAAGAUGAGCUCCUUUUGGCUAACUGCAUUAACAUGGGUAUGCAGCGGAAGCCAGCUGAGGCUGUGAAAUCCACAGUUGUGAACUCAGAAGUGGACGUGGCCGAGGAGACCAUUCGUAGCUACUGCACCGAGGAUACUCCAGCAUUGCUCUCCAAAGUAGCAAGUAACACAAACCUUUCGGCCAUCUCCAUGAGCUCCAACGAUCCCAAAGAUGCCGCCACUGGACAGGCACAGAUAUACGCACAUCAGCUAUCCGACGAUGUAUCCUCGAACGCAUCGGACUGCGGUGGAGCAGCUGGUCACCUGCUGCAGCAGUGCAUCCGCGAUGGCAUGAAGAAACCCCUCGCGGAGCCCACUCCAGAUCCCAUAGCCAUGCUUCGACGUGGCGGGAACCAAUUGCCUGGCUACCUGCCCUCCGCCGAUGAAAUGAACAAGUUUCUGGUGGAGGACAGCCCCUGCAACUUCUCGGUGGUCUCCGGUUUAUCCAAUCUCACCGUGGGAUCCAGUCUGGUCGGGCCAGCCGUGCAACUCAAGGAGACUGUUCCAUCCAGUGUGGAUCAGAAUCCCGGAAUGAAGGCGAAGCCCGGCAAACAGGAGCAAGUCCGAAGACCGCCGCAUUGGCAAGAUGAUUCGCUGAGUUCUCUAUCCAUUGACUCGGAGGAUGACACCAACUUACUGAGUCAGGCUAUUGCCGCUGGUUGCAAUAGACCGAAAUCGAAUCUUGGCUUCAGCUCGAACGGCAAGCGCUCCAGCUCGCUAAACUCCUCGCAGCCAAUAGCCAUCAAUGCGGCCACCUCGGCCAGCUCGCUGAAUUCGGCGAUGACAGUCCGCAAGAGCCAGCAGCAGGAGUCGUACAGUUCCGUGGACUCCAGCGACUCCAACGACAACCAGUCCAAGUCGCUCUUCGAGCUGUGCAUCCUCAAGGGCAUGUACAAGUCGAAGGAACCGGGCGCCCGGGCCCAGCAAAUGCAGGAGCAACCUAUAGUGGGUUCAUCCUCCGCCCAGUCGAAUCCCAGUCUCAAGCAGUUCGAUUCGCUGCCGGUGCAGCUGCCAUCUAGUGGACAGGUCAAGCGUCAGCGCCAUCAUCAUCAUCACCAUCAUCAUAGGGAGCGGGAGCGAGAACGCAAGGACGAAAAGUUGCUGCAGGAGUGCAUCAAUACGGGCAUCUCGAAGAAGAUCAACGCCGUGCCAAAAAACGUCCUGGCUACGUCUGCGGCUGCAUUGGAACCGUGUCACCCAAUGGCAGCUACUACAUCAGCAAGUGCACUCAGCACAGCAGCUCCAGACGUAGAGCAGAAAGCGCACGCCACCAGCUCACCCAAUCCGCAGCAGCAGUCGUCCACGCACCCGAGCAGCCCCAUCCUCCCGAAUCCUAUCGACGCCAUCGCCACCGUCACCGACACAGCAAGAAGUCCAGCAGCUCCAGAUCAAGGGAGCGGGAACGCGAGUCAGAACGGUCACGAGACCGCUACUGGGUCUAAGGACUUGGACUCGGAAGAUCGUUCCAGCGAUGAAUCAAAUCAGUCCUUCAUCAUGGAGACCAUGGUCAGGUUGGACAGUGCUCCCAAUGAAACGUGCAUCUCCGGUGCAAGCGAGAAGCACAAGGAUCCCGACCUCAUGCUGAAGUCUGUGGAGAGACUGACCAUGGAGUUUGUUACCUCGGCGGAGCAGUUGCGCAGCAGCAGCCACAACCACAGCAGCAGCAACAGCCACAAGAACGCCAGUAGUAACAACACCUGGAACGAGAGCACCUGUCCCAAUGAUGUGAGUUUCCCCAGCGUAAGUCAAACGGCUCCUGUUCUGGCCUCUCUAAGCUUGGAUGAAGACGCCACAGAGGCGAGAUCUCUGCAUGAGUUUGUAGAGAUCACACCCACAAAUGAACAGCAACCAGCAUCGCUUGAAGGCGAGACAGAUACCCUGGUUAAUGGCCAUGCCGACAGCUACUCAGGAUCAUCUGGGGGUCUUAUCUUCCAAUUGGGUGGACAGGUGCAGAAUGCAGGUGUCAGACUGGAGCCGCAAAGACUACUAUUCAAUGGAACGAGUGCCUCCAUUAUGACCAACUCGACAAUGAUUGCGUUCGAGGCGCGAGCUCUGGCCGAAAAUCUACUCCAACCCGCUGCCACUGACGAUGACAACACGGAGAUGACCUUCAGCUUGAACAGUCUGGAUCUGGACAAUGUUCGUCCGCCGUCGGGAAUGGAAUCGCUGAACAGCUGCUACCAGGAUCACUCCCAGCCGAGUUCCCUGCGCCAGCCGCUGCCCAGCAAGAGUCCCAGGUUUGCGCGGAAAAUGUUUCCGGCCAAUUUGGUAGCCCGUCGAGCCCUGGGCCACUUGGCUGGCAGUGCGGAGAGCGUGAACUCCAGCUGCAACCUGCUGGACAACAUCAAGCCUCCGUCGCUGAUGGACGAACUGCUGGACUCCAUGAUCAGUGUGGACAGCAUUCAGUCGGAGGUGGCCGAUGGCGAGCAGGACUGCAGCAUGGCCACCACCAUUUCUGUGUCCAACUAUGAGACGGCUGCUUGUGAUGAUCAGACCAUGACCGUGCUCCAAAGCUGUUUCGACGAAGAUGAGGACGCCACAAUGAAUGACUACAGCUCGGCCGAGUCCACACCCAAGCACGGCUCAACUCCAUCACCCAAUCGUCGUUCCCUCACCCCGAAAGACAAGCGCCGUCUCACCAAGGAUCGCUACAAGACCUACACCAUAGCCACCAGCUGCGAAAUGGACGCACCAGAAGCCAAUGAAACUCUGCAGAUAGAAAUUGUGGAAAGUGCUGUUCCUGUGGCCACAUCCUCACCGCGUGCAACUGGAAGGAGAAGGGGCAGUGCCGAGCGGUACAAGACCCAGCUGAUUGAGUGUCCCCUGGCUUUGAUACAACCCCAACCCGAUGAUUGCCCAAGCGAAGAGCUCUCCUCCAUUCGAGCAAUGAUGCAGCAGUUUACUUACAUCACGGACAUAAACAUUGGACAGAGUCAGGAGACUUGCGAGACUACUGAUCCUCCAGAAGAGGCGGGGGAAUCGCCAGAGUGCGAUCAGAACUCGGAGACGGAGUCGUGCGACGGUCAGGAACCGGCGCAGCUGCCUCCUCCUCCGGCAAUUGUGGAACUUAGAGCACCUGUCGUCAAGCCCACAACUUUGGAGCCCGCCACGGCCGUAAAACUGGUGCGCGGUCGCAAGAAACCAGCCUACGUCUCACCAUACAGCAUGCAGAGUCAACGGAAUAGUAACAAUGCCGCCCCGUCCAAGAAGAAAACCCUAUCUCCAACAAUUGCCAAACGCAGUCUGGUGGCCGGCGGGUCAGGAGUUAGGCUACCAGCCAAAAAGAAGCCAACGCCGCCACCCGAGCCCGCUCCCGCUCGCUUGGAACGCCAAGGAACCUUUGUCAAGGACGAGCCAACGAACUCCAAUGUUCAAGUGCCCGUGGUGGAGACGAAACCGGCUCAAACCAGUCCCACUCACCGCGCCUCAAAGCUGCCCACGAAGAAGGGCACGGCCAGCGGUGGCUCACCAUCCAAAGCUGGCUCUCCCAAGAGGAUACCCGUGGCACCGGUCCGCCGAAUGACGCCUCAAAGGGCGAACACCAGUCUGCGAUUAGCCGCAGGCAAAUCCCCUGCUGCCUCGCGUGUGGUUUCCGCCCGGGUGUCGUCCACCACGCCACCAUCACGCAGCAAUUCCAACCUGAAUGGAAACAGUGCAGCGGCAGCAGCUGCGGCCAAGAUCAACCAGGCCCAAAGCCGCAUAGCCAACAUCUGGAAGAGAGUGGACGAGGCCAAAACCAAGCAAUCGUCAUCCAACCUGAGGACGCAGAAAACCAAAUCUUCCAACAUGCUCAACGGAAAUGGCACCAAGCCGACGCUCCUGCGCAGCUCUACGUUUGACAACACCCCCAGCACCGCUGGAGGAGUCAAGUCCAAGCUGCCAGUUGUGGGCGCACGAAAAUAGUUGGGUGAUUUUGCCAGGAUAGCAUCGAUCACAAAUUAGCCAAGUUAAAGCAUAAAGGGAGGAGUGGAGACUGUAAGAGGAACAGGACUGUAUUUGUCAAGCAUUUUUUAGGAACGGAACACGCACAGGUCCACAUCCACAAGCAGAGCUAGAGUCAGAGUUAUAAUCAAAGAGUGUUUAGGAUAGGAGUCAAUAUACAAUAUGUAAUCAAUAUUCAACUCUCCUUUUACUUUUUACAUAUACAUGUAUGUACGUAGACCCUAAAACUUUGUAAGCAACCAGUUUAGCAUAGAGUUAGCGCAAACUCCUAGUAACUUCAACUAAUCCAAAUCACAGUCAGAGAAGGAGGCCCUAUGCUCCCAAUCGUGUGUAGCCAAAUGUAUUGCAUAUAUAUACACUAGAUCAGGCCUUUCAACAUGUGUACAACUCCCCAAUAUAUACAAAAUGUAUACUGGCAUAUAUAUAAAUGCUAUAUAUUCGAUUUGUCGCAUUAAUUAGGAAAGGUUUACGCGUAUGUGUUCUGAUUUAACUUUUACACUUAGUUAGCAGAGCUGUCCUCCAACUGGGCAGCUGCUGAAAUCAAUUACAAUCGUAUAGUUGCACAUCUGUAUUGAGAAUAUAUUCUAAGUUUAAAAUAUGCCCCUGGCUUCCUUAUGCAAACACCAAAUAUCUAAAGAGAGAAGAAAAAUCACAUUUUUAGUCACUGCUUUUUAAGUAUUCUUUUAUAUAAUUUAGCAACUUAAGGGUAACCGUUUUAGGAAACAGCUUAUGCAUUAAGUCCAUCAUUUGCGACUUAGUUUUUACCGAUUCAAUGCGAUUAACCAUUUUUAAUAUGAAUAAAUCGAAAUAUGCUUU